CAGGUGGCAACUACUACAAAACAAACGUCAAAAAAUACCUUUUUUCUGUCCGCCUUUUUCCGGUCGGUCCUAAAACUUGUUAUCAACAUGAGGACUAUUAACUCCAAUCAGUGCGUUAAGAUCCCCAAGAAUAUCAAGGCAUCCGUCAAGGCCCGUGUUGUCACCAUCUCGGGCCCCAGAGGUACCCUUAAACGUAGCUUUAAGCACUUGGCUUUGGAUAUGUACAUGGUAAACAAACGUACCCUCAAAGUUGAAAAAUGGUUUGGAGCUAAAAAAGAAUUGGCUGCCGUCCGUACCGUUUGCAGUCAUAUUGAAAACAUGAUUAAAGGUGUUACUGUUGGAUUCCAAUACAAGAUGCGUGCUGUGUACGCUCAUUUCCCCAUUAACUGCGUCACAUCUGAAGGCAAUACUGUCAUUGAGAUUCGUAAUUUCUUGGGAGAAAAAUACAUCCGUCGCGUUCAAAUGGCCCCUGGAGUAACAGUUGUUAAUUCCACUGCUCAAAAGGACGAACUUAUUGUCGAAGGUAACGACAUUGAGGCUGUAUCGGGAUCUGCAGCUCUUAUUCAACAAUCAACCACUGUCAAGAACAAGGAUAUCCGUAAGUUCUUGGACGGUUUGUACGUUUCUGAGAAGACUACAGUUGUCAAGGAGGAAGUUAUAAAAAUCUUAUUGCAUUAUAUUUAAAAAAAAAUCAAG